UAAAAUAAAUAAAUAAAUAAAUAAAUAAUCCAAAUCAAAUUCUGUUAUAUAAUACUUUUUCAGUUUUCAGUUUCAUUUUCAAUUUUCCAAACAGAGAAAUUCCUCUUACUAUUAUUGCAAGAGGACCUUCUCUCUCUCUUCUUGGUUUUGGUUUUUUCAAAUGAAGGGUCGGAGCUCUGGUAGAAUCUCCGCCAAAUGGAUUCCAUUCGUUUCUAUGUUUUCCUUCUUCCUCGGCGUUCUCAUCACUAUCAGUUCUUCUAGAAUGUGGACGCCACCUGAGUCAACCAAUCAACUCAUUUCCAGUCAUCGCCAUGACCAGGAGCUUCAAGUCGUCGCGGAGGAUUGUGCAACCAAGAAGAAGCCUGUACAAGAAAAGGAAGUGAUGAGCGAAAUUCACAAGACCCAUAAAUCAAUUCAAUCUCUAGACAAGCAAAUGGCAAUGAUUCAGAUGGAAUUGGCUGCCACUCGGAGUUCUAGGGAGUUGGGAUCGUCAUCUGAGGGUUCGGAUACCAAACCUACGUUGCCUAAUGAAGGAACUACGAGGAAGAAAGUGUUUAUAGUAAUUGGAAUCAAUACUGCUUUCAGCAGUAGGAAGCGUCGUGAUUCGGUUAGAGAGACAUGGAUGCCUCAAGGGGAAAAGCUUCUCCAAUUAGAGCGUGAGAAGGGUAUUGUUAUUCGCUUCACAAUUGGCCAUAGUGCAACUUCCAAUAGCAUUUUAGAUAGAGCCAUUGAUUCAGAAGAAGCUCAACAUAAAGAUUUCCUUAGAUUGGAACAUAUUGAAGGAUAUCAUGAAUUAUCUGCCAAGACAAAAAUUUACUUCUCUACUGCAGUUGCAAAAUGGGAUGCUGAUUUCUAUGUCAAGGUUGAUGAUGAUGUUCACGUCAAUUUAGGUAUGCUAGCAACUACUCUAGCCCGACACCGGUCAAAGCCAAGAGUCUACAUUGGUUGUAUGAAGUCUGGACCUGUUCUUUCUCAAAAGAGUGUCAAAUACCAUGAGCCAGAAUACUGGAAAUUUGGAGAAGAAGGGAACAAAUACUUCCGACAUGCUACUGGGCAGAUCUAUGCAAUCUCCAAAGAUCUAGCUACAUAUAUUUCCAUCAACCAACCUAUAUUGCAUAAGUACGCCAAUGAAGAUGUAUCACUUGGUGCUUGGUUCAUUGGCCUCGAAGCUGAACACAUUGAUGAUCGUAAUAUGUGCUGUGGUACUCCACCAGAUUGUGAGUGGAAGGCACAGGCAGGCAACGUCUGCGUUGCAUCAUUUGAUUGGAGCUGCAGCGGGAUCUGCAAAUCUGUGGAGAAAAUCAAAUUUGUUCAUGAUAAGUGUGGUGAAGGGGAUGGAGCUGUUUGGAGUUCCUUGUUUUAAAAUGCAUUCAUUUUGUGGUGUCUUUCUUUGGCCAAUUGCAGACACAGAAUGCAGUUUUUAAGGAGAGUUCAAAUUGAGAAGGCAUUUACGAAUAGCGAUACACACGUCGAAAGAAUACCGGCGCUCUCUCAUUUUAAUUUAUUUUUUGUUAAAAAGACUAGUAAGGAACCAUGUGAAAGGGAAAGCCAAAGUUGUUGUAAUUUUAUACCGAUAAUCCAUGAUGGUUCUAAUUGUAUUUAUACCAAUCUUUCUAAUCAAAUCAUUGUUGCUUAAAGAUAUCUUAUAUAUAUAAUGCUAAAGCUUCAUUAGCCA